AUGAAACUACUGAUUCUACUUCAAGUAGCGGCCCUUAUCUUUCCCGAUGUUAUCCAUGCCCAGCUAAAUACUACAACUACUCCUCCUGGCUGUCGAAAGCUGCCUACCGAUGCCGACUGGCCGGACGUCUCUGUGUGGAGGGAGGCACUCCCAGGCGUCAUCGCAACCAACGGAAGCGAUGAACACGGUCCCAUCCCCGACUAUCGGCUGCAAGCCAAGUCAGUCGAAGAUGUUCAAAAAGCUGUCAGGUUCGCAAAGAACCACAACAUCCGUCUGUCAGUCAUAACAACGGGACAUGAUCAGCUUCUGCGUAGUUAUGCAGGCUCGGGUCUUCUGCUUGAUCUAUCUUUGUUCCAAGGCUCCCAUGCUGCAGUGUCGUUCGGACCGGCUGUUGCGGGAUUACCACUAAACUAUGCGGUUGCUGAUUCUGGGCUUUUCACCGUUAGCGGUGGAGCAGCCACUGUCGCUGUAGCUGGAGGUUGGGGCCAGAACGGUGGCUACGGCCCACUUACUGCCCAGUACGGUCUUGGGGUUGAUCAAUGGCUCGAAGCGUUGAUUGUUACACCAGAUGGUAAACUGCGAGUUGCGAACUCUGAAGUCAAUACCGACCUAUUUUGGGCCAUUCGAGGUGGAGGUGGCGGCACAUUUGGUGUGGUUGUUCAGGCGACCUGGAAAGCGCAUCCAGUCGUUCCUAUUACUGGUUACAACUGGUACAUCAACUCCACGCUCGACACAAGUGAUCUAGAGCCUGGCACUUACCCCACCAGUGCUGCACUCCGACAUCUUCUUCGUGAAGCUCCUGGGUUGUAUGAGAAAGGCAUCAGUGUGACAUACUACGUGCGUCCGACGCAUAUUCGAGCCUUUGCUAUUCAUCCGGGGACGCAGGCUGGAAUCAACAACGCGAAUGAUGUCUGGGGCCCAAUUCUAUCGAAUGUCUCAUCGUUACCUGGUAUCACUCCUUUUCAAACUCGGGCUUUUGAGUUCAAUAAUUAUAAAGAGUUCUUCGAGGGAACUUAUGGUGAGCUUGUACCACAGCCGACAGCUCCAGAGUACAGAUACGGUCGUGGAAUCAUUCCGUACGACAGCCGCCUCUUCAGUGCAGAGCACCUCACAAGCCCGAACAUUACAAACGCAUUCGUCGAGACGGGGGGCUCUGUUGGUGUGCAAAUUAUGACACCCGGACAGCGAUUUGGUGACGGAAGUGACACAUCGGCAAAUCCUGGGUGGAGGAAAGCCGUGGCAUUUGUUAUUGCCACAACGACAGAAACAACGAAUGCUAAUGGAUUAAGACGUCUAGCGCCAGACAUGGGAACUUAUAUAAACGAGGGAAGUGUUCUAGAGGAAAACUGGAAGUCUUCGUUUUGGGGCAGCAACUACCCACGCCUGUCCGAGCUGAAGCGAAAGUACGACCCAGAAAUGACUCUCUGGAUCAGUCCCGGUAUCAAUGCCGACUACAUGUAUGCCGUAGAUAACAGAGCAUGUCUUGUGAGUCCAACCUCGACGACACCAAGUACUCGCCCGCCGGCAACAGAGCGAUGGCACCCCGCAGACUUGAACGUAGAUAGGGAUUUCUUGUUUGGGAAGCAGGAAUUGACUGGAAACACCUUUCCGGCGCCCGGCACAGAGCUUGGCGUGCAUCCCGCGUAA